CCACCAAGUGGCAGGGUUAGGUAUCAUUUGGUAUACUGAAAGCAAAAGUUGAGGUAUUCAGAGUUAUUGGUAAGCGUCAGAUUAAAUUGAGAAAUUUGAAAAAAUUGAAUUAUUUUCAUAUUUGAAAAAUCAAUAAAAUGAAUAAGUUACUCGUAUUGUCGGUUUUCGCUGUUUUGGCUUGUGCCUUUGCUGCACCUGCGACUGAAAACGAAGCUGCUGCUAAAAAAUCCAUCGAUGAUGCUGUCCAACAAUGUAAAACGGAACUUAAUCCUAGCGAUAACGAUUAUAAGAUCCUCGAAAACAAAAAUCAAUUGCCAGCAAAUGAAGCUCAGAAAUGUUUAAUCGAAUGCGUUGGCAAGAAACUGGGAGAGAUCAAGGAUGGAAAAUUGGAUCACGAUGGUUUCAUCAAUUACAACAAAAUUAGGUACGCUGAUAAUAAGUCAAAAUUAGACGAAGCUGAACAAUUCUUUCAAAAGUGCCAACCCGAAGUUGAGAAGAAAGCUAACGAAAAAUGUGGAGCUGGUUAUGCCAUGAGAUCUUGUCUGAUCGAUUUCUUCCAUCUUUAAUAAUCAAACUGGCGUCUAUUUGAGAAUUUUCUAAUUGCUUCGAAUUGUUAUCAAAUGUGUUCCCGACGAGAUGAAUGAUGAUUUUGUGAUAUUUUCCGCAGUGAUAUUUUUUAUGCAUUUCAAUAGCUUAUUUACCGAUUUAUUUUUAAAUGUUUUGAAUUUAUUAGUGUUUGAUAAAAAUUUUGAUCGAAAACUUGAUUUGUUUAAAUUUUAAAUUCAAUAGAUAUUUAUUUUCAAUUGUAACGUAAUAUUAGGUAAAACAAAAUUAUACAACUGUUUUCAAUUUUCAA